UUUUCCGAGCUUAGUUUGCUUUUUCAUUCCCGGCUACUCGAGCUGCAGUAAUAACCAUGAGCAAAAUAUUUAACGAAUGUGAUUGGGAAGAUGAUUUACCGAGCAUUGGGACCAAUUUUAGUUUUUCCAGAAAAAAUGAUAACAAAAAACAGAGAGAUAAUAGUACAGAUAAUGCUGGAUUUACUAAACAAGGAAACAAACAAAAUAUGCCGAUAGGAUGGUCUGUCCUAAUUUCCAAACAGACUAGAAGCGAAGGUGAUGAAGGAUCUGUUAAGGCGAAGAACGGAAAUACGGCUGUAACAGAAACAAAUGGGAAAGGUACCAAUCCUAAAAGCCGUAAGCGGAAAGCUCCGCAAACAGAGAACGUUGACAACGAUGCUGCUAGUACUGCAAAUAACGGUAAAAAAUCUUUCGGAAAUAAGAAAAGCACAAAAAAUCACGAAAGUAGCAAUUUACCGAGGAAAGACAUAAAAGAGAAAGUCAAGAACACUGAUAACCAAAACGGUGUAAGUACCGUCCAAAAUUCAGUUGACACUCAAAAGAAGGAUAAUGCAGCUGAUGAUCAUGAUUUACGCAACAAACUAGUUGCACGCCUGAAAGGAUCCAGAUUUCGUUUCAUCAACGAGCAGUUGUAUAAAACAACAGGAGAAGAAGCUAAAAAGCUUUUCCAAGAAGAUCCGGAUUCGUUCACAGCCUAUCAUGAAGGAUAUCGGCAUCAGAUUGCGCAAUGGUCAAUGAAUCCCUUGGAUCGUAUAAUCAAGAGCAUUAAAAAACUUCCAAAGGAUACAAUCGUCGCCGAUUUUGGCUGUGGCGAAGCGCGAUUGGCACAGUCCAUCCCGAACCAGACAUAUUCACUUGAUCUGGUAUCACACAACAGCAGCGUUAUUGCUUGUGACAUGGCCAAUACUCCACUGGAGAGUAAUUACGUAAAUGUCGUCGUAUUUUGUCUUUCGCUGAUGGGUACAAACUUGGUCGAUUUUCUUUUGGAGGCGAAUCGGGUACUGAAGGUCGGAGGUUUGCUGAAAAUCGCCGAGGUGUCCUCUCGCUUUGACAACGUUAAUGAGUUUGUUGCCAAUGUGAAAAAGUGUGGCUUCGCGUUGGUGAACAAAGACACGAAACACAAACUAUUCUACUUUAUCAACUUUAAAAAAGAACGUACGGUUAUUAAAGGUUCGAUAAAAAUCAAACAAUUCAGCUUAAAGCCCUGUUUAUAUAAAAAACGAUAGAGAUGUAUAGCUGAAAUAAAAAAAUAUAUGUAUAAUCUGGUUCUUUUUUUCAGUUUUUAUUCAACUUCAAUCCAUUUUGCCGAGGUA